CCCGCUCUCUGCAUGGCUGGCAGACAUGCCUUAGCUAUAGCUUGAGGUCAUCGAUGACCUUGAAGCGCACUUGAUGAGCACACAGAGCCUCAUGCACAGUCAAUGACACACACAGCCUACUCUACAAGCCAGAGAGUCAUCACCAAAACCGCCCAACGAACAUCACGCCACACACGGCUGCGACCAGAAGAGGGCUUCGAUGUGCCAUGAGGGCACUGCCGGUGUCGGGGGCCGCGAAGAACGAUCUAGCCUCAGUACCGGGGAGUUUGCCGCGAUAGUCCCACCAUGUCCAGCCUAACAGCCACAAAUCAUCACCAAACGCACCUGCACACACACACGAAGCAGGGAGUGUGUCGGCCAAGGCCUUGCUGUAUCCAAGACUAAUGAAACAGACCAGUGAAGUUGACGUUCUGGAAGAAGGGGUCGUUGGCGAGUGUUGUGUCCACAUUGCCCCACGCAGGGCUGCCUGGUAGAGGCCGCGGGUCCAGCUUCUCCGCGUCCGCCCGGCCGUGAGGUGUGUCGGUCAUGGGCUUGAAUACGGGCGGCUGGUAAAGGAGAUAUCGUGUUCCACAGAGGUGGCUGGAUCGAUCCUCGAGCCACACAAGGGCGAGACAAGACGCCCGCCACCCAAGGGCGAGAGCCACCGGGGCGGGCGAGAUUAGCGACCCUUGCUCGUUGGACGCGGCUAUGGCGCAGCGGGUGAGGGCGCAGCAGUCGGCACCAGCAGCGAAGAUUACAACAAUAUUGCAUCUCGGGUGAUAGCCAAGGGUAGGAAGAUAAGCUGACAACGCUGCCGCCGGCGCGCUCAAGUCGUUAUGCGUCGACGGGAAGGCUGCACAGGAGAGCUACACACAGCCAUCCAGAGACACAACAAGUGGCACACACAGCCAUGCAGAGACACAACACUGGCACUUCGUUUUGGCAGUCUCUCGCAUUAUUUGUGUGAUCAGGCCUCACUCAGGCGAUGUAGGGCGCCGUAUCUUGUGCGGCAAUGGACAGAGAAGCGGCUGUGGGGGAGUGAGCAACAAUACGCCAUCAGUUGAGUCGAUGAUGACACACUCACGCCGCGUCGCGGCUAAAACCACCAUAACUAGUACACACAAAGCCAGACACACAGGGGGGAGACACAUGAGCAUCUGACUCGCUCGGUGUGUCACUCUCUCACCUUGCUUGUCUGUCCACAUCUGCAUUCCUUGCUCACGCAAUGGGCCUGAACUCGUAGACGAUGGGCAGAUCCCUUAUGCCGUCGUAAAACGCCAAGGAAACGUAGCAAGAGGCGACUCCCACGAACCAAAGGCCAUCCAGAUGUACCCCACAGCCCACACAAAGCUGGGCACCACGAACGGAAUCGCAAACAGGCCCAUAUUAUUGGGCGUCAGGGCAAGGGCAGCUCAACUUGGCUGAUGAUAUGGAGGUAACGGUAGACGUACUCGGCUGAUACGACGGCAAAGUAGAAGAAGACGCAGACGCCGACGGAAAGCGAAAACAGACCCAUCUUGGGGGAGACUGGGGGCCGGAGGGGGCUUGCAAGCUCGCUGUCGCAUGCGCAAUGGAGUUCGCCUCUUUCGUGGGCAUGUGUUUCGUGGUCUACUGCUUCUUCGGCCUCAUCGAGUACGGCGUUAACUUCUACAACGAAACCGUCCGGCGCAACCCGCACCUUUCCCACCUCUCACGGACCCACUGGAUUCGCUAUGUUGAUUGAAGCAGCCAGCAUGGUGGCCGUCCUGCCCUUCGCCGUGCCCAGCUUUGUGUGGGCCGUUGGGCAAUGCUGGACAUUCCUCGUCUGCCUUUCCAUCUAUCUGAGCAUCACCAGCGUCGCCACCGUCGCUGUCCACCCUGGCUUCGACUUCUCGAGACGGGAUGUCAACAUCGCGUGGUUUCCAUUCUGACUCAGGUCUUAGAAGACAAACAAUGUGACCACUCGUCGAGCAGUGUUCGAGGCUCGUGUAUGUAUCGCUGUGUUUGUCUGCUUGACAGUGUGUCUCUCUGUGUUGUUGCUCAGAACCCACUCGCGCGGCCCUGUAAUUAUCUUCGCCCGUCAACCAACCGGCAGCCCACCACUCUGAUGCAUUCGAAGAUGACAUUUUUCCAAGAAGCAGCAGCAGCGUGGUGACGGCGCGUCGGGAGCGUCAUCUGAUCUGCAAGUGCUUGUUCUGUCGCUGGCAACGCCCAAUGAUGGCUAUCCUGGUGGGAAUUGUAAAGAGCUGACUUCUUCGUCUGUGGCCAUCUUCUGCUGCUGGGGUGGGUGGCGGGGGCCCUAUGAGUAGUCGUUUUGAUUUCAUCGGUGGAGGGAUUGGAAAAGGGCGAUCUGGCUGAACAAGAAGCCCUGCCGGUCCCAGGAA